UAAAGGGGUUGAGAACUCAGGCAGUUUACCUGCCGAGGUAAUAAAUAGUUCCUCUUUUCUUUUCUCUCUCUCUUCCUCUCUUCCACUCUUGUUGACGAUUGGAGCUCUCAUUCAUCAACCUGCAUCAAAACAUCAACACGUUCCUGUGCUGUCAUCACCUGUAUAAGACACGGUACCACUCUCCUUUGUGCAUUGGAGAAAGAAGGUAUCCAGUUUGUAACGGAAGUACUAGUUUGGUUGGUUGUCUGCACUCCUGAAAAAGAUGGGAGAGUCGAGUGGACAAGAUCAGGCCAUCUCGCCGAUGGAGGAGUCUUCAAGUGAAAUUGCAGAUGGCAACAGCAACAAAAGUCAGGCCGCCAAUUCUUGUCUACCUCUCCAUCUGGACGACAAUCAGCUCUACGGGAGAGACGAAGAAAUGGGACUCUUGUAUCACGCCUACGAGAAUAGUUGUCUGCGAGAUGAACCCGCCGAGGAAGAUGAUUUGCUAUUCGCACAGCUGCAAGACUCGAGCCGCCAGAGCCACACAAGCAGUACCAGUUGCCACACGUACAAUAGCAACAGGAGACGACCACGACGACGCAAACGACGCAGUAGCAUGGUCAUCAUCACGGGGCCCAGUGGACUUGGCAAGACGGCACUGGCACGGACAUUACAGCCCAAAGUGGAGGACGACAAUGGUUGGUUUCUGUAUGGGAAAUGCAAUCAAAUUCCGUCCAGUCGCCAUGCCAUGGCCGUGCGUCCCUAUGCUCCCUUUGCCGAAGCCUUUUCGCAGUUUGUCGAUGAGUUGCUGCUCCACAACAAAGACAACACUGAUAGCAAGGACACAUUGGAUCGAUUACAACGCGCCGUGUUUUGCGCGUGUCAAGAUACCAGUGUCAGUGUCUUGACCGAUACCAUUCCCGCCCUGCAAAAGGUCGUCCCCACGAAUACUGAUGCUUCCUCGGGCCUGUUAAAAUCCAGCAGUGCCAUUACCGUGGGAGGCACUCGCACCGGAGUGGAUAUUCCCAGCAAUGUCGUCUUUUGCAAAUUCCUGCAGGCGUUUUGCUCCCGUCAAACACCAUUGGUGCUAUUUGUGGACGAUCUGCAGUGGCUCGAUGCCAGUUCACUGAGCCUCUUUCAGGCCGUCGUGCUGGCACAGGGUGACAUUGCCGGUUUGCUCGUGGUGGGCACGUGUCGCGGCAAUGAAGUGAGCUUUCAAGCUCCAUUGGCGGAAACACUCCGCACGUUGGAAGAUCAACACGGGGUGGCCGUGUUGGAUAUUGCGGUACAUCCCUUGACACCUCCUGCCAUUCAGGAUUGGAUUGUGGGUCUGUUGGGAUGUGUAGUACCCGGUCUGGUGGACCUUGUGAUGCGUCAUACAGGUGGCAUUCCCUUCUUUGCACUUCAAUUUCUACGGAAUCUUUAUGAAACACGACAAUUGCGGUAUGAUGGACAACAGUGGGUCUGUGAUGCUGUUUUACCAGACGAUGUUCUGGAGGAAUCGCAGUCCGACGACGAUGAGUUGGAUGAUGACGAAGAAGAAAAAACGACCAAGGUGGAAACCAACCGCACGGAGGAAGCCAACCGCACGGUGGAAUACACCAAGUUUUGUUCCUCCACGAUUUCCCACAUGAUCCAGCAGCACAACAACCUGGCACUCCAGCAUGUACUCAUGGUUGCAGCUUGCCUCGGGACAGAAUUCUCAUUGGCCCAAAUCGCAGCUGCUUCGGGAAUUGUGACUGACCUGGACCCAGCCCUGCAACUUCUCGUGCAAAAGGGCAUGCUUCUUCGACGCAAGGAACCGUCGCUGUUGCAGCAUUGGGGCAAGCAGGGACCCAAAAUAUCAUUUCGGUGGUCCCACGAUCGAUUCCAAACGGUCGCCUUUGAAAUGAUACCCGAAUCGACCCGGGAAGAGUUUCAUGUCGCCAUUGGUCUCAAUCUACUGCGACGACUCUCGCCUUUGGAACUGCAGCAGCAACCCUUUGUCGCCAUGCACCAAUUCUGUUGGUGUAAUACAUCUUCCAGUAUUCCGUUUCAAUCGGACCAAGAACGGACCCAGUUGGCGACCUUGUGUCUGGCUGCCGGACAACAGGCGGCACUCUCGUCGGCAUUUGAAGCGGCAGCAACCUACCUACAGCUGGGCCUAGAUGUGAUUGGAUCCUCUUCGGCCUUUGCGGCUCACUAUGACUUGACGUUGAGCUUAUUCAAUGCUGCUGCGGAAAUGGAAGGUUGCCUGGGGAACUUUGAUAAGGUCGAUCAGUUGGUUGCUGCCGUGUGGGAACAUGCCACGUCGUUUCGGGACACUCUGCAGGCGUACGAAACGCAAAUCUAUUCGUUGGGAGCAAGAGAGGAAUUGGAUCGUGCGAUCCAAUUGGGGCUACAAUGUCUUCAGAAGCUGGGAAUCGUGCUCCCCCGAAGACCGAGGCUCUUCUCUGUCAUUUACGCAGUACUCAAAACCAAGCGACAACUUGCCAAAAAGAGCGCAGACGACAUCAUGUCAUUGUAUCCACUGCAAGACUGGAAAAACGCUGCAGCGUUACGUAUAAUGCAUCUGAUGAUUUCUCAUGCCAACAGGGUCGAAGAGAAUCUAUCUGUUUUGCUGGCUACACGCGGAAUUCAAAUCACGUUGAAGCAUGGUCUCUCCGAAAUGGCUUGUUUCGGAUUCUACUCCUUUGGGCUGGUCUUGGUGGCUUCGCUGGGGGCGGUGGAUGAGGGUAUCCGAGUCGCGGAGAUGGCUUCUGCCAUCCAAGAAAAAAGCGACUCCCAGGCGAUGAAAUGCAGGGCACAGUUGGUGCUUUAUGGAUACACCAAAUGCUGGACGCUUCCCAUAACAGACACCAUCCAACCCUUGCAAGACGCAGCACGUUACGGGGCUCUGUCUGGUGACACGGAAAUGAGCUGCCUUAGUCUUUACUGCGCAAGCUGCGCCUCGUUCCUAUCUGCAGCUGCUACGUUGGACGAAACCGAGGAGGAGCUCGCUGAUUUGAACGAUCAUUUCUCCCAGAGGCACCAAGACCUAAUGCUCUUCUAUUUGCGGAUCUCGCAGCAAACCGUUCAGAAUCUUCGCGGCUCUUCAAACUGCAGGGUUGUUCUGUCCGGAGACUUUUUCGACGAAGAAAAGGAGCUUCAACAUGCAAAAGACGUUGGCAAUGUCCCAGGAAUUACAUUGGUCUACUUAUUCCAGUGUUAUCUGGCUGUCUACUUUAACGACUCCCUUUUGGCAAAACGGGCGUCCAAAAUCCUCUUGAAGAGGACCCUCAUGGGUUUCAAUCUACCAUUAUGGUACCAGGUACACUUCGUAGGAGGUCUCGCUGAAGUUGACGGUGCCAAGAUGAGCGGAAAACGAGUGAGACAGGCGGGAAAAGCGUCCUUGAAAAGCUUGAUGCAGUUGGCCCGUCACCAACCUGACAACGUGAUGAACAAGGUGUACCUCAUCGAAGCGGAAAGGCUGGCGACAAUGGGUCAACGAAACAAGGCCCUGGAAAAGUACCGGCUUUCGAUUGAGCAUGCCAAGAAAAACAAUUUCGUACACGAGGAAGCAUUGGCGUCCGAACGGGCAGGGCUGUCGCUGAUUGGUUGGGGGGAGACAACGAACGGAGCUGCGUUCCUAGAAAGGGCUCGUUGGUUGUACGAAAAGUGGGGAUGUACGGGAAAAGUCUGCGACCUCUCCUCCCAAGAAAAAGCACCGGCCAAUUAUUAAGCCAUCGCCAUAAGAGUCUGGGUAUAGAUGAUUGCGCCCCCGCCUCACAUUGUAUAUUCUAUUCGUUCGUCUUCACCCAAUGAGCAUGCGUUGGGAGCGAUCGUCCAUGCUCAGCUCGGCGACCACGAUCAUUGGUUGUUCGACCCCUUCGUCGAAGUGCGGCCUCGUUGACUGCCUGGUUUCGUUGGAUGAUUUGCUCGAACCCGGUCCUGUGUGGUAUGGCCAGUCGCUGGCUGGAAAGAUGCCAUGGCAGCUACCAGUUAGCUCAGAACUCACGGACGGUGACAACGGCCACUGAUACAAGUAGCAACUCGCACGCUGUCAUCGUUUGGCGUCUCGAUCUACCUAGUAGUCUCGACUGUCUCGAGCAACACGAGGCCAUGCUCUCGACUCCCUACAAAGUUUCCCGAGUUGCAAGCAACCGAUGUCUGGGAUUGCUUUCAGCUCGACUCGACCAACGAAUUUGGAAGACUGCUGGCAGGCCAAGCUUCAACCCAGUUUUAUCUCAUGGCCGAAGAUGCAGAUUAGUUUCGUGCAUAGAGACGGGAGAAUACGAUGUGAAGCUCCUUGAAGCUUGCUGUCUUCUGCUGUGUUAGCUGGGUGAAUCGAAUCGUAAGGAAGAAGGAAGCAUGCAAGCAAUGCAUGUAGCGCGUUGCUCUGCUUGCUACCGGUACCGUAGAGUGGCAGCCAGAGUCGCCAUCAUUCGGACUGGGUCAUAGCACAUGUAGUGCCCCCCCGGCACCCGGGUAUGGCACCUAGCAAAUAAAGAGCCUUGGGCAAGUUGGCUUCUAAAAGGUCGGCAACAACAGCAUCAAGGUUGCACUUAGAAUAGUGAUAUCAUCGUAUCAUGCUGGGUGCUUUUGGUAGAAUUGCAGUGCCGUAAUGCUGUUGUCGCCACCAAAAAUUAAUCAAGUCGGGACUGUGAAGUCUGUGAAGUGUGAAGGGACGACGGGAGAUGAUGUGGCAUGGCAGCUUGUGGCUCACCUGGAAUCUGGAAUGGAAUCCAAUCGCAUCCAUCCAGUCAAUAAUUAAGUGCGCAGUUUCAUGGUCAGAAGGUGUGUCGCCAAGCUUGGCCACUGAUCCACUGUUGACUGGCGACCCUGUAGCGUCCGUCUUUUGGCAAUCCUACAUGACCACGCCAGAUUUAUUUGACCCACUUCGGAAGUUCUUACUUAAAUAGUGGGAUCACGCGGAAUCACCAUCCUAAGUCUCGACAUCAGAAAUCCUGGGAAAGUUAAUUAUUCAAGCGUAGAUCAAAGUGGCAGUGCUCUAGUCCAGAAAACAGGUUAGCCUGUUUCAACUUAAGCCUUCCUUUUGAUGCUACAUAUUUAAAUAUAUAUCAUUCCUGUUUUCCCAAAGUAAGUGAGUCUACAGCAACGACCACGCAUCAAAGCCCGCUUCCCGCUUCCCCCAAGCUCUAAGGGCAUAAAGAAUUCUACUUGAUCCCGUCUUUAAUGUUCUUACCGCUGGAACUUUUUACCGUCAUUUGGACAACCA